AUGGUAUCUGCGAUCUGCUGUCGGGUUUCUAUUUCAACUAUUCAACUUUUCAAUAUUCUACUGACGCUUAUUGAUGAUCGUCGAGACAAUGGGAAGCGCGUUUAUUAUAAAUCAAUCCGUAAAGAAAAUCGCUUGCUUAUGUUUCUUAUGAAAUUCAAACUUGGAAUUUCAUUUUGUGCACUUGGUUGUCUAUUUCAUAUCCAUAGUAUAUCUCAAGCAUAUGGGGGAAAAGCAACCGAUGCAUUUAUCGUUAAUGAUUCAGGCUUCCUAUCAUUAUUACAACCAGGGGACGAAGUAUUGGCUGAUAAAGGCUUCCCACAAAUUCGCUCGGAAAUGUUAAAACGCAACGCAAUUCUUACCAUCCCUCCUCACGCAAUGACUCCUCAAUUUACCGAAGAAGAAGUUGAAUGUACUUAUAACAUCGCAUCUGUACGGAUUCAUGUCGAGCGGAAAAUAAUCGUGCAAACACACGAGAUAAUCCUCGAGGACAGAUCACGAGCUAAUUAUCGCUGGAUACCACGAACUCAUCUGCUCAGCGAACCACAAAAGUCACAAAAGAAACAAUGGAUCAAACUAGAGGCCGGCAAGAUAACUGCCGAAAGAUUUGUCAAAACGGCAGCUUUUUUCUUGAAGAUAGCAAACAAAGAUCGAUUGCAUUAUACAGAUACUCUCCCUGAUGACUUCAAUCCAAUAACAAGCGAUGGCUAUGAAGCACGUGUGGCGACAAUUUAUAGCGAAGAACGAACGGCUGCUGAUGAGGAACAAAUACUGCUGUUGGUGAAUCCUAACGCUCGACAGCCAAGGCCACGCCCUCCACUUAGGGCUCAGAAUCAAGUUGCUGAAGGAGGAGCUAAUAGAGCUCGUCGGAUUGGAAGAGGAGCUCGUGUACGAAAUGGCGCUAUUAGGGUCGUAGGUAUGCCUGGGCAGGUUGCUGCACCCAGAGAGGGAGCGCAGGCUGAAGACAUGGAGAAUCGUGAAGCAGGGGGGAGCAACAGACGCAGAAUUGUUCGAGGUGGAGGUAACCGUGGUAGUGGACACAGACGCGGCAAUGAAGCUCAUGAUGCAAUUGCCCCAGCAAUAGAAAUGGAGGUUGUUGAACCCAUAGGCCCAAUAGGAGACGAACAUCCGGAAAACGACCAGGAUGUGGGAAGAGAAAAUGUAGGCGGAGAGGGUUUAGCUGUUCUACGCCAUGGGAUUAUUGCAGGCAUUCACAUGGAAAUCGUUCAGCCCAGAGCACCAGUGCAAGCUGAAGAUGUGGCAAAUUUUCAGGGAGUUGAAAGAGAAAAUGUCGGCUGGGAGAGGAUUCCUGCUGUGCUAGAUGAGAUUAUUGCGGAAACUCAGAUGGAGUUGCCUGAACCGAGAACACAAGUGACAGACAGAAAUCAGAUGAAUGAUGACGUUGUGGUAAGAGAGGUGGUUGGGGAGCCCAUAACACCACGAGGACCCGCGAAUCCGAGGAAUGAUGUGGAAGUAGGAGAAGAAAAUCGCGGCAGAGCGAGUGUUGCUGCAAUACUACAUGCUACAGGGACUCAGGUGGAGAUUCUCGAAAGUGAAGCACUAGUGGGAGCCGGAGUUCUCGGUAAUGUUCAGGAAGUCGUAGAAGAGGCGAUUGCUCUGAGAAUUCAGAGGGAGGUUGCUGAGCCCGAAGCACCAGUGGGAGCCGAAGUUCUGGAGAACCAUCAUGAAGAAGGAAGACAGAACGUAAACAGAGAGAGUGUAGCUACUGUGCCACCUCAAAAUGCUACAGGAACUCAUAUGGAGCUUGUUGAACCGGGAGUACCUCAGGAAACAGGAGAUCUAGAGAGAGGUCAGGUAGCAGGAAGAGAAAAUAUAGGCGGUGAAACUGUGACUGCUACACCGCAUGAGGUUGUGGCGGUAGUUGAGUUCAAUGUUGGAGAACCCAGAUCACUGGUAGGAGCAGGCGAUCCGGUCACUGAUCAGGUGGAGGGAAAUGGGAAUGCCAACAGAAUGACUGUAGAUACAGUACAAUCUGAGGCUGCUGCAGGAACUCAGAUGGAGCUUGUUGAACCCGGAGUACCACUGGGAACAGGAGAUCUGGAGAAUGGUCAGGCACUAGGAAGAGAAAAUAUAGGCAGAGAAGCCGUGACUGCUACACCGCAUGAGGUUGUGGCGGUAGUUGAGUUCAAUGUUGGAGAACCCAGAUCACCGAUAGGAACAGGAGAUUCGAACAGUCAACAGGUAGAGGGAAAUGAGAAUGCUGCUGCACCAACACGGUCACAUGAAGACAAUGGGCAACUUGGAGAUGAUGGAGGGGAUGCCAGUGUUGAGAGAGAGAGAAGAAUUGUCGAGAUGCCUUUGAAUAGAGCCUCACAAGAAGGGCGGCAUAUCGAGACGAAUGAGAGACCGUUCGAGGCUGCCGCAGGAUUGGAUGAACGUGGAGAUGUUGAUUUCAUCUAUCUAGAGGAGCUGGAUCCAG